CUGUCAGUGCUGUUGCUAACGUGCAAUAAUAGGCGGAAGAAGUGGGAGUAUUGAUCUGAGUGGAAGUUAAAUAAAGUCAUUUGAUGUGAAUGUUUGUGAAAGGAGUCUAAGUGUUUUAGUAUUUUAUAGUAAUGCCUCCAACAAUUCAAACUACUUUAAGCCCCGACAAACGUCCGACAAGACCUGGAGAGAAACGAUCUGAGUUGGUGUGUAGAGUUAAAUAUUGUAAUACGCUUCCAGAUAUACCCUUCGACCCAAAGUUUGUAACGUACCCCUUUGAAUCCACAAGAUUCAUCCAGUAUAACCCCACAUCAUUGGAGCGCAACUAUAAAUAUGAAGUUUUAACAGAACAUGAUCUUGGAGUCACUAUUGAUCUUAUCAACAGGGAGACUUAUUCCAUUGAUCACAUUGUCCAGUUGGACCCUGCAGACGAGAAACUUUUGGAAGAAGAUGUUCUCACACCACAGGACUCAAAAAGAUCACGUCAUCAUGCACGAAGUGUGUCAUGGCUGCGGAGAACUGAGUAUAUCUCAACAGAGCAGACACGCUUUCAGCCUCAAACUAUGGACAAGGUUGAAGCUAAAGUGGGUUACAGCAUCAAGAAGAGCUUGAAAGAUGAAACACUGUACAUGGAUCGUGACAGCCAGAUUAAAGCCAUCGAGAAAACAUUUGAAGAUUCCAAAAAGCCAAUUGACAAGCAUUAUAGUAAACCAAAUGUUGUGCCAGUGGAGGUUCUGCCUGUGUAUCCUGACUUCAAGGUUUGGAAGUACCCAUGUGCACAGGUUAUAUUUGACUCAGAUCCAGCUCCUGCAGGUCGAUCUGUUCCUGCACAGAUUGAAGAGAUGUCUCAGGCUAUGAUCAGGGGUGUGAUGGAUGAGAGUGGCGAGCAGUUUGUGGCAUAUUUCCUGCCUACUGAGGAAACACUAGAGAAACGUCGCAGAGAUUUUAACAACUCGGUGGAAUAUGAGGAUGAGGAGGAAUAUGAAUACAAGAUGGCUCGAGAAUACAACUGGAACGUGAAGAGCAAGGCAUCAAAAGGCUACGAAGAAAACUACUUCUUGGUCAUACGGCAAGAUGGAGUAUAUUACAAUGAGCUGGAAACUAGGGUACGUCUGAGUAAGCGCAGGCAGAAGAUUGGUCAACCACCAAACAACACACGUCUUGUAGUGAAACAUAAACCACUCAAUGCACAGGAAUUCCGCAUGCAGCGGUACAGAGAACGUCAGCUGGAACCACCAGGAGAGGAAGAAGAGGAGGAUGAGGAAGAAGAGGAACAAACUCAGGAGGAUGCUGGUGACCAAGAAACUGCAGUCACCAAUGAACAAGAUGAUGCUAAUAAGUCAGAUGAAGAGAAGGAUGAGGAGGCUGAAGCCAAUGCUGAUGGUGGUGCUGAUGCUGAGGGAGACAGAGAAGGAGAGCAGAGGAGUGGCAGUGAGAAGGCAGACAGUGACCAGGAAGAGGAAGCUGAGAAGAGUGAGGCUAGUGCUAAGGAAGGCAGUGAUGGAGGUGGAAGUGAUAGUGAGGAUGAACAAGCCCAGUCAAAGAGUUCUGGUUCCCGCAGUUCAUCCCCGUCCAGUCAGAAGUCUCGAUCACCAUCCCAGUCCAGAUCCAGAUCCCGGUCCCGGUCCCGAUCACAUUCUCAGUCUCACUCAGCAAGUCCCAAUAGGAGUGGCAGUGGCAGUGGACAUGGUAGCAGUAGUGCCAGUGGCAGUGAGAGUGAUAGUGGUGACGGUGAGAAGUGAGUGAGUGGCGAGUGUGUAUUUUACAGUGGACAGUGACUGAACUGAAUUUUGUCUAUAAAACCUUUAUCCUGUUAAAUAACCACGUAAUAGUGUGCAUAUAAACACUCCUAAUGUUCACAUCAUGCGGUUUUAAAUUUCUUGUAAAUAGCUGUUCAUAUAAAAAAUAGCAAAACAUCCAUCUCUUAACUGAAACAGUUUUCCUUGUGAUGGUUAUGUAACAAGAUAAAUAUAAUAUUUCAAGUAUUAUGACAUACCCAGUAAUUUUCAGGAAGUAUACACCAUAUUUGAUAAAAAUCCAUUAGGAGAUUCAGAAGAUGAAAAAAAAACUGACAUGGACCAACACAUUUCUUAAUGUUCUGAAGAACUUGUAAAUAUUAAAUUCACCCACACAGUAAAAUCCUAUCCUACUA